UUCUUUUGUUGAUUAUUAUUUUUAAUUCCUUUUUUUAUAUUGGUGGUGUGAAUGAGAAGAGUAGGCAGAUGAGAGAUUAGAUGAUUUGGUAAUAGUGGUGUGGAAUUAGAAGCAAACCUUUUUGAAAAAAUUAAGAAUGUCAUAGAGAUUAGUUAUUCAAUAAUUACACUACCAAAUGAUUAAAAUAAAAACCAAGAGCCAUUAGUAUCACUCAAUAGCUUUUUUUGUUGCAUUCUUUUUUUUCUCAGAUCUCUAGAAAAUUUUCUCAGACUUUCAGAGCAUUUUGGUGCUUUUGUUUGCUUGGUUUCUCGGGAAAAAUUCUCUUCACACUUUUAUAGUUUUCUCUCUCUCUCUCUUCUCUAUCUCUUGUCACUGCUCGUUUAGCACUCAUUCUCUUAAUGCUUCAGUCAAAAAUUCUCUCUUUCUAAGCUGAGUGUCUUGCAAGUCGUCAUUUUUCAAUUUGGGUCAUCUUCUUUUACUCCAGUCAAGAAUUUGAUUCGAAUUGAAAUCAGAUAGAAAAGAGACGUUCCAUUGCUGGAAAGAGAUUGCUCAAAGUGUUUUUUUUUGUCUGAAUAAAGACAGAGAAGAAGAAAAUAGACAAAGGCUAAGGUUUUUUAAGAUAUGGGAGAGAGAAAAAUGAGUUGGUGGGUUUCCUAAAACUUGUUUUUUCAGACCAAAGAUGAUUGCUUUAAGAAGGGAUAUGGCUAUGGAAAGUGUAAGAUUAGGGUUUCUGGUUUUGGUAUGGUUGCUUGAUGUCUCUACUGCUACACUUUCUCCUACUGGUGUAAACUAUGAAGUGACGGCUUUAGUGGCUGUGAAGAAUGAAUUGAAUGAUCCGUACAAUGUUCUUGAGAAUUGGGAUGUGAAUUCAGUUGAUCCUUGUAGCUGGAGAAUGGUUACUUGCACUGAUGGCUAUGUCUCUGGAUUGGUACUUCCUAGCCAAAGCUUGUCUGGUACAUUGUCUCCUAGAAUCGGAAACCUCACCUAUCUAGAAUCUGUGUUGUUGCAAAACAAUGCAAUCACUGGUCCAAUUCCCGAAACGAUUGGGAGGUUGGAGAAGCUUCAGACACUUGAUCUUUCAAACAAUUCAUUCACCGGGGAGAUACCAGCCUCACUUGGAGAACUCAAGAACUUGAAUUACUUACGGUUAAACAAUAACAGUCUUUUAGGAACUUGCCCUGCGUCUCUAUCCAAGAUUGAGGGACUCACUCUAGUCGACAUUUCGUAUAACAAUCUUAGCGGUUCACUGCCAAAAGUUUCUGCCAGAACUUUCAAGGUAAUUGGUAAUGCAUUGAUCUGUGGCCCAAAAGCUGUUUCAAACUGCUCUGCUGUCUUUCCCGAGCCUCUCACGCUUCCACAAGAUGGUCCACCAGAUGAAUCAGGAACUCGUACCAAUGGCCAUCACGUAGCUCUUGCAUUCGCUGCAAGCUUCAGUGCAGCAUUUUUUGUUUUCUUUACAAGCGGAAUGUUUCUUUGGUGGAGAUAUCGGCGUAACAAGCAAAUAUUUUUUGACGUUAAUGAACAAUAUGAUCCAGAAGUGAGUUUAGGGCAUUUGAAGAGGUAUACUUUCAAAGAGCUUAGAUCUGCGACCAAUCAUUUCAACUCGAAAAACAUUCUCGGAAGAGGCGGAUACGGGAUUGUGUACAAAGGACACUUAAGCGAUGGAACUUUGGUAGCUGUCAAACGUCUCAAGGACUGUAACAUUGCGGGCGGAGAAGUCCAGUUCCAGACAGAAGUAGAGACUAUAAGUUUGGCUCUUCAUCGAAAUCUCCUCAGGCUCCGUGGUUUCUGUAGUAGCAACCAGGAGAGAAUCUUAGUCUACCCUUACAUGCCAAAUGGGAGCGUCGCAUCACGCUUGAAAGACAAUAUCCGGGGAGAGCCAGCAUUAGACUGGUCGAGAAGGAAGAAGAUAGCAGUUGGGACAGCUAGAGGACUAGUAUACCUACACGAGCAAUGUGACCCAAAGAUCAUACACCGCGAUGUGAAAGCAGCUAACAUUUUAUUGGAUGAGGACUUUGAGGCAGUUGUUGGUGAUUUCGGGUUAGCUAAGCUUCUAGACCAUAGAGACUCUCACGUCACAACUGCGGUCCGUGGAACCGUUGGCCACAUUGCUCCUGAGUACUUAUCCACGGGUCAGUCGUCUGAGAAGACUGAUGUCUUUGGCUUUGGUAUACUUCUCCUUGAGCUCAUCACUGGUCAGAAAGCACUUGAUUUUGGCCGAUCCGCUCACCAGAAAGGCGUCAUGCUUGACUGGGUGAAGAAGCUGCAUCAAGAAGGGAAACUAAAGCAGUUAAUAGACAAAGAUCUAAAUGACAAGUUCGAUAGAGUAGAACUCGAAGAAAUCGUUCAAGUUGCGCUUCUCUGCACUCAAUUCAAUCCUUCUCAUCGACCUAAAAUGUCAGAAGUUAUGAAAAUGCUUGAAGGUGACGGCUUAGCUGAGAGAUGGGAAGCGACGCAGAACGGUACUGCAGAGCAUCAGCCACCGCCAUUGCCACCAGGGAUGGUGAGUUCAUCACCACGUGUAAGGUAUUACUCCGAUUAUAUCCAGGAAUCGUCUCUUGUAGUAGAAGCCAUUGAGCUCUCGGGUCCACGAUGAUUAUGAUUCACUCCUUUUUUUUCAUUUUUCUUUUAUUGUGUUUGUUUUUUGUUUGUCUUUUUAUAAUGUUGAUAUAGAUGUGAAGUUGAGUGUAAUUUUUUAUGUAAAAAAAUACUAAAUGCGAAAGAAAAUGUUGAUUAGCCUGCCACA